AUGCAGCUGCCACCCGCGCUGCACGCACGCCUGGCGGGGGCACCCGGGUCGGCCGAGCCUCUACCCGUGGAGCGGGACCCCGCGGCCGGGACCACGCCCUUCAGCUUCGCGCCGCGCCUGGUGCGCUUCCCACGGGAGCACGACUUCUUCGAGGACGGGGACGUGCAGCGGCACCUCUACCUCCAGGAUGUGCUCACGCAGGUGGGCGGGGCGCCCGAGAGGCCCAGGCGUCCCUCCGCCAGGGUGCCCGAGUUCACCUGUCAGGUGGCCGGCUGCUGCCAGGUGUUCGACGCCCUGGAGGACUACGAGCACCACUACCACGCUCUGCACAGAAACGUCUGCUCCUUCUGCAAGCGGGCUUUCCCUUCCGGCCACCUGCUGGACACCCACAUCCUCGAGUGGCAUGACUCCCUCUUCCAGAUUCUGGCCGAGCGGCAGGACAUGUAUCAGUGCCUGGUGGAGGGCUGCACAGAGAAGUUCAGAACCAGCAGAGACCGGAAGGAGCACCUGGUGAUGCGUCAUCUCUACCCUGCGGACUUCCGCUUCGAUAAACCGAGGAGGAGCAGAGGACAGGACUUUGCUGUUGACAGUAGAAUAAUCUGGAGAACCGACUUCAGUAUGGGAGAUUUUUAUAAGGCCUUGAGUAUAAGCCCAGCCGUGCCCGGUGCCGCUGAGCAGGUGUUGGCAGAAGCCCUGGGGGAUGACCGGGCACCGUCGGAAGGCGACGCCAUGGAAGUCUGCUCUGAACACGUGGAGCCCUCGCCAGAACCCGCGGGAGAGAGGCGGGCCUACAGCCACAGGAUACCAUCUACCAUCUGUUUUGGUCAAGGUGCCUCACGAGGAUUUAAAAGUGCCAAGAAGAGAAAUAAGCACCAGUAACGGCGGUUCCUCUGCGGCCCUGUGGCGGUGUUGCCAGGCUUUUCCUCUCGCCCCGCGGGGGCCCCAGGACGCUGGCCCGUGCCGCCCUCCAUGUCGCGUGCCCGUGACCAACUGAACGAGGCCGGUGGCUAUGUGGGAAGCCGUGGGGGAGCCGCGGAUUCCGGGAAGGGCCCCCUCGUGCGGUGACUGGGGUGUGGGGAGCGGCCCCCGCCCCCCAACGUCCUUGUGAAACAUGUGGAGUAAAUGGUUAUCAUUAGCGGUCUCUGGUCGGAGUUCUGUGUUGGGGGGAGGGAGGUCAGCAGCAAUUACUGGCGAGGACUUUGUUCUCAGCGGCCACGUCUCAGAGGGGGUGACUGGCUUGCGCAGCUCAUCGGGGCUGCAAGGGAGAUGCCCGUGGUCCUCGCACCCGCGCUCGGCAAGGUGAGCAGAAGCCUUGGGUGGGGCUGGGGAGCCGGGAGGGACCUGGGCCGGGGAGGGCGGAGCGCAGACCUAGGCGGGCGGCUGGCUUGCCUCCGAUUUGACGGCAUCAGAGCCCCCGGGCUGGACCUGGGGAGUGGGGACCCACCAGCCAGCUGUCCCCCUGCGGUGCCCAGUGCUGUCGUGCCCGCCCGAGGCCCCGCUCGGCCCGCUCCCACUCUGGGCUCCGGUCUGGUGGGGGCAGCGGGUGCUGGCCUGCGACCGCCGCCGCCAAGCCCUGUGCACAGCUCUGCAGACACGGGUCGGGGCUGGUGGUUGUCAGUUUAAAGUUGUUCUUUGCAAGAUUGCUUGUCUCCUUUUUGUCUGUUGUGGUUCCACUGAGAUGUCAGGGGAAGGUCCUCGUCGCCCGACCUGCUCGUUGUUGAAUGUUUUGAAUCUGGGUUUUCUCUCUUCAGAUACUGUCUUUCCUCCAAUCUCUGUUCCUUCUCCUUCUAAAACCCCAACCAAAUGUACGUCAGACACCCUCCCUCUGUCUUCUAACAGCCCUUCCGUAUUUCCCUUUCCUUAUCUUUGCUACAUUCUGGAUAAUUUCUUAAGAUCCACUUUUCAGUUCACUAAUUUUCUGAUCAGCUGUUAUCAAAUGUGCUGUUGAACUCAUUCAGUGUUUAAUUUCCAUAGGUACGAUUUUCAAUUCUUUAAGUUCUAUGUUGUUGUUCUAACUUGCUGGACUUUAUAGCUUUUGUUUAUCACAUUUUCAACUCAUUCUUUUCUUUUUUAACAUGUUAAACUUAUUGUACAUUCUCUGGUUGAUAAUAUCAAUGUUUGAAGGCUC